AUCGGCACCUUCCUCCCUCUCUGCUGCUUCCUCCUCUCGCUGCUUGUCUACCCCGACCUUUGUGAAUAUCUACUCGGCGCGCGACUAUGAGCCUGCGCAAAGGGAGUGAUGUGGACGAGAAGGAUGUGGGGGUUGUCGUUCGGCCAGUGGACGAUCUCAAGAAGCUAGGAUACGAGCAGGAAUUGGCGAGAUCAAGAGGUCUUCCUCACAUACUGUUCAUGACGCUCGCGAUUAUGGCAGUCCCCUACGGUCUCGCCGCACCCCUCGCGACCUCUCUCGUCGCCGGAGGACCCGCGUCCAUGUUCUGGGGCCUCCUACUCGUCUCUUUCCUCUCCCUCUCCAUCGCGCUCUCCCUGGGUGAGAUCGCGUCCAAGUACCCCACCUCCGCCGGCGCGUACUACUGGGUCUACCGCCUAGCGCCUCCGCGGCACAGGCUUGUGCUGUCAUAUAUCACCGGGUGGCUGAUAGUAGCCGGGGACUGGAUGGUUAGCCUGAGCGUGACCUUUGGCACAGCGCAACUCCUCGUCGCCGGCAUCACCAUAUAUCAUCCUGAGUGGGAGGCGACGGCGUGGCAAACUUACCUGAUCUUCCUUGGAGUCCUCCUGCUAACGAGCGUAUUCUGCAUAUUCUUCAACCGCUAUCUGCCCAUGCUCGACAUCCUCUCAGCGUAUUGGAUCGCUAUCGGUCUCGUUGUAAUGCUGGUCUGCCUACCAGUCGAAGCAAAAGCAGGACGCCACUCGGCUGAGUUCGCCUUCACGCACUUCGACACAUCAUUCUCCGGCUGGCCGGCCGGGUGGACGUUCUUCAUUGGGCUGUUUCCAGCAGGGUAUACCUUCUCCGCGAUCGGCAUGACCACAGCGAUGGCAGAAGAAGUGCACAACGCGUCCAUAAAUCUACCGCGCGCGAUUGUUUGGUCGGUCCCCAUUGGCUGCCUGAUGGGCAUCGCCUUCAUCCUGCCUAUCAACUUCACGCUCCCGGAUAUUGGUACGCUGUUGGAGGUACCAUCCGGACAACCGAUCGCAGUCAUGUACACGAUGAUCAUGGGCUCUCAGGGUGGUGGAUUCGGGAUGUGGUUCAUCAUCUUCGGCGUCGGCGUCUUCUGCUCAAUCUCCAUAAACUGUGCCGCCUCUCGUGCCACCUGGUCCUUCGCGCGCGACAAAGCGCUCCCCUUCCACGCUACCUUCGCCAAAAUCGACACCCGCUCCUCCGACACUUCUCGCGACAGUUCCGAAGAUACCAUCCCCCUCAACGCCUUCUUGCUCUGCGUCGCCGUGCAGGCGGUGCUCGGGCUCAUCUACCUCGGCUCGAGCGCCGCGUUCAACGCGUUCGUAGGCGUGGAGGUGAUGUGUCUGGGCGCGAGCUAUGCGAUACCCGUGAUUGUGCUUCUGGCAGGUGGAAGAAGGGGCGUGAAGGACGCUCCGUACGCCUUGGGGCGGUGUGGAUGGGCGGUGAACGUGACGGCGGUGCUGUGGGUCGCGCUGGAGAUGGUGCUGUUCUCGAUGCCGGCGGCGCUGCCGGUGGAUAAAUCGACGAUGAACUAUGCGUCCGUCGUGUUCGUGGGCUUCGCGGUGAUCAGUGGAGUGUGGUAUAUGAUAAACGGGCGUUUCCACUAUAACGGCCCUCCAGGAGGCAAUGAUUGUGACGAAGAUAGCUUAGAGAUCCCGAAGCCCACUUGACCAGCUUGUUGUAUCGAAAACACCGGUGCAUAGAUCAAGCCGGUGGUGCUCGUGUCUGAAUUGAUAGAACUGUAGCAGAAUGGCAUAUCAUUUCAACCA